AUGCAGGUAUUACAGCGACUUUGCGCAACCUCUGCGGGCAACUUUCGCAGAUACGCUUCAUCUGAUAACCAAAUCAGCACAUCAUCUAGGGCAGCGCUCCAAGCACUACUACACUCCCAGCCAUCAGCUGCCGCGAAUGGCCUCCCGACUAGGGUCACCAUCUACGAGGUUGGCCCGCGCGAUGGCCUCCAAAAUGAGCAAAAGGCAAUUCCCACAGAUGUCAAGGUCGCCUUUAUUGACAUGCUGACUAAUGCAGGCUUUAAGAAAAUCGAGGCCACCAGCUUUGUAUCCCCCAAGUGGGUUCCGCAGCUGGGUGAUGCCAAGGAGGUGAUGGCGCGGAUUAAGCGGCAAGCAGGAGUGUCGUACCCCGUAUUAGUCCCCAACAUGCAGCACACUUCCAUCAUCAUCACCAUCAUCAUCACCAUCAUCAUCACCAUCAUCAUCACCAUCAUCACCAUCAUCAUCACCAUCAUCAUCACCAUCAUCAUCACCAUCAUCAUCACCAUCAUCACCAUCAUCAUCACCAUCAUCAUCAUCACCAUCAUCAUCGCCAUUGUCAUCGUCAUCACCAUCAUCAUCGCCAUCAUCAUCAUCACCAUCAUCAUCGCCAUUAUCAUCAUCAUCACCAUUAUCAUCGCCAUUAUCAUCGUCAUCACCAUCAUCAUCGCCAUUAUCAUCAUCGCCAUCAUCAUCAUCACCAUCAUCAUCAUCACCAUCAUCAUCAUCAUCAUCAUCAUCACCACCACCAUCAUCAUCAUCACCAUCAUCAUCAUCAUCAUCAUCGCCAUUAUCAUCACCAUCAUCAUCAUCACCAUUAUCAUCGCCAUUAUCAUCGUCAUCAUUAACAACACCCCCCUGCUCUUCCGACCCGCAUGCCCCUUGCCGAUCUACCCCACAUGCCUCGCGGUCUACCUGACCCCGACCUCCUCCUCCACGCCGCCUCCGACAGGGACUCGCAGGCGCCCUAGCCUCCCAGUGUGGCGAGGUGGCGGUGUUCGCAGCGGCCAGCGCUUUGAGAAGGUGGCGAAGGAGGCGAUAGCUGCGGGAGCCCUGGUCAGAGGGUAUGUGUCUUGCGCGGUCGGGUGCCCCUACGAGGGCCGCAUCGACCCCCAGGCGGCCGCUGACGUGGCUGUUGCACUGCAACAAAUGGGUUGCUACGAGGUUUCCAUGGCCGACACGAUUGGUGUAGGCACACCCGCGUCCGUGGAGGACAUGUUAAAGGCGACAUUGUCCCACGUCCAGCCGCAAAACCUUGCCGUACAUUUUCACGACACGUACGGCAUGGCCAUCGCCAACAUCCUUACAGCGCUCCGACUGGGUGUGAGUGUAAUCGAUUCAUCUGUAGCAGGCCUCGGGGGAUGUCCGUACGCUCGAGGCGCGACGGGCAACGUCGCGACGGAAGAUGUGCUGUACUUACUGGACGGGUACGGCAUCGAACAUGGCAUCGACAUGGAUGCCGUACUGCACGCUAGCGAAUAUAUUAGUACGGCACUGGGCCGGCCGAAUGGCUCCAGGGUUGCUCGAGCAUUGUUGGCGCGACGGAUGGAUGCGGCCAAUACCACCACCGCUACAGCAGCGGUGGCAGCUGAUUCGGCGCAGAAGACGGGAGCAGAGACUUCCGGCCUGAAGCCAGCUGCUGUGGCAGCCUAG